AUCCUGUUCUUAGUUGGAAACUUUGGGGGCGAGGGGGGAGGCUUUUUGACUCAUUUUUCUCAGCGGGUAUGUAUAUAUACGCUAGCAACAUAUAAAAAACUAUUUCAUUCAUCUCCACAACAAACGCCGCAGCUGGUUCCUCAGAAAACCCUAAUUCUCUCCUCUAAGGUAAGAGGAAAAUCAAGAAUGGUUGUACCUUUGUUGAACAAGAAGAUAGUGAAGAAGAGGGUUUUGAAGUUUAAGAGAGCUCAAUCUGACCGCAGAAUCACUGUUAAGCCAAGCUGGCGUCGACCAAAAGGUAUUGAUUCUAGAGUUAGAAGAAAGUUCAAGGGAUGUGUAUUGAUGCCGAACAUUGGAUACGGGUCUGACAAGAAGAUCCGCCACUAUCUUCCCAAUGGCUUCAAGAAGUUUGUUGUGCACAAUGCAAGUGAGCUUGAGGUUCUAAUGAUGCACAACAGAACUUACUGUGCAGAGAUCGCACAUAACGUGUCCACAAGGAAGAGGAAAGAAAUCGUGGAGCGAGCUGCCCAACUGGACGUGGUUAUAACCAACAAGCUCGCUAGGCUGCGCAGCCAGGAGGAUGAAUAAGCAUUUUGUGCUUUAGAAGAGAUUUUUGCCCUUUAGAAGAGAUUUAUAUAUUCAGUUUUUGAACUUGUUCCCUGUGUUUGACAGCAAACCAGUUACUAUAUUUUUCCUAGAUGUUGGAUUUGAACCAUCCAAUUGCUUUCAAUUGUUUAAAUCAUCAGAUUUUGGUUUUCCGA